AUGAACAGUAGUGGAGAUGGAGUAUUUAAACGGCCAUUACCUCCACCAACAACAGGAGGAACAAGUAUGUUCAUCAACAACUCACAACCUCCUCCAUCAUCGCCAACAUCAUUAAGAUUAAAAACAUCUGCUUCACCUCCAACUAUUCUUUCUUCAUCUCCUUCAACUUCGCCAUUUCAACCUCCAACAAAUACUACUACUACAACUACUACAACAAAUAUGAAUGGAACACAAACAGUAGGAAGAGGAGUGUCAGCCUCUGGUGUAGCCAAACAACUAAGAAAGAUGUCAAUCAAUUCGACGCCAUCUCCAUUGCCUCCAACAAAUAGCCAACAUCCACAGCCACCACACCACUCAUCACCAUCACCAUUGACAUUAAGUGGAGAAAGAUCAUUACCAACCCCACCACCACCUACGUCGUCUACGAGACCUCUCCCAACUCCAUCACCCUCAUAUAAAAAGUUUGUAUCAUCUCCUUCAUCUCCCAAUUUGACAGGAGGCUCGAAUAGUGGAGAUAGUACAACAGGAACAUCUCCACAUCCAUCAUCACCUAUGAUUGCCAAAAGAUUCCCUCUUUCUUCUUCACCAGCACCAACUCCACCACCAACCAACAAAAGACCACCCCUUUCAUCACCAGUUCAAUCUUUUACACCUGUAUCCUCAUCACCAUCGAACCAUUCACCACGAACACCUGUUACAUUUACAAACUCACCUCCAUUGGUUUCGACCAAUUCCAAUGGCAAUAGUGGUAAUACGACACCACAACCAACAACAAUGGGACCACCAUCAACCAACAACAUCUCCAAACCAACAGCCAAGAGACCAGCACCACCAGCACUACCACCACGUAAUGAGUUGAAUGCAACACAAGGCGGUCAGAUGAUGAUACCAAAAUUGAGACCAAUCGGUGCACCAUUACCCAAACCAAUGACAGCCAACACUACCAUCAAUGCCAAGAGAUUCCUCAAACAAGUGAUACAAGAGACACCUGCCGAUGACAAUAGCAGUGAUGAAGAUGAUUUUUCAGGUGUUGGUGAUAGACCACUAUCUACUAAAACUAAUCCAGUUGUUUCUUCUGUCAGUGGAGGUGCUUCUUCUUCUUCAUCUACUGCAAGUAGUCCAGGUAUGGCUGGUAAAAAUAAUAAUAUUAGCAAUAAUAACAAUAAUAAUAAUAAUAAUAAUAGUUCAACGGUUGGUUCAGGUGCCUCUUCAACAACUCCUUCACCAUCAUUGACAUCAACAACAACAGGUACAACGACAAUGACAAAAGAACAAUCAAAAAUGGUACAAAGAAAUUAUUUGGCACAAGAAAUGUUAUCAACCGAAAAGAAAUAUAUUAAUAAUUUAAAUAGAAUUAUGACUAUAUUUGUAUUACCACUUAGAGAUAAAGCCAAUGCAAAGGAUAAGAUAUUAUCAACCGAUGAAAUCAAUAGUAUAUUUAUGAAUAUUGAUACGAUAUUUGGCAUUCACAAGACAUUUUUAACAGAUUUUGAGACAAGAAUUGGAAAAUGGACCGAUCAACAAAAGAUUGGUGAUGUAUUUUUAAAGAUGGCUCCAUUUUUAAGAGCCUAUACAGUAUAUUCAAAUUCAUAUAAUUCCUCUAUUCUAUUACUUAGUGCUUUAACUAAAUCAAAUCCUACUUUUCAAUCUUUUUUGGCUAAAUGUUUAUUAAAACCAGCAUCAAAAGGAUUAAAUUUAUCAGCCUAUUUAAUUAUGCCAAUUCAAAGAAUUCCAAGAUACAAAUUAUUAUUGGAGAAUUUAUUAUCCAACUCUAGAGAGGAUCAUAUAGAUUAUCAAGACAUUAAAGAGGCAAUUUCAGUGAUUUCAUCUGUUGCCUGUGAACUAGAUGAACGUCUUAAUCAAUUCCAAAUCAAACACAAAGUAUUGGAUAUUCAAAAUCAAUUGGAAGGUUUGGAUCACGAUAUCGUUAAACCAACUAGAGUAUUUCUCAAAGAAGGUGACCUUAAAAAGAUUUCUGAUCGUGUUGUAAAUACUAGACAUUUCUUUUUAUUUAAUGAUCUUUUAAUUUAUGCUCAAAAAGAAAAGAAAAAUCAAUAUAGAUACAAGCAUUCAUUCCCAUUAGAAUCAUGUUGGGUAAAAGAUAUUCCAGAUACCAAUAGAUUCCAAAAUCUAUUCCAAAUUAUAUCAAAUAACAAAACCUACUUUUUAUGUGCACCAUCAUCUGAAGACAAAUUAAGUUGGAUGAGGUUAUUGAAUGAAGUGAUCAACAAGCUGGUCGAUGCCAAUCCAGAUGCAAAAGAUCAACGUGAUUCGAUAUACGAGAAACGUGGAUCAAUGUCACCACAGGAAAUAUUAAAGGCAUUGGAUCCAAUGCAAGUGUUACCCAACGAAGAGAAUGAAAAUGAUCUACGUAAAAAGUCACUAUGGCUCAAAGAUAAAAUGACAAAAGAAUGCAUGUUAUGUACUGCUGGUUUUACUGUAACUAGAAGAAGACAUCAUUGUAGAAAAUGUGGUAAGAUAUUUUGUAACGAUUGUUGUCCAGUGACAGAUUUUACACAAUAUAUGCCAGGAAAGAAAGCAAGAAUAUGUAAGACUUGUUAUGAAGAGAUAUCUGUUCAACUAUCGGAAAUGAUGAUUGCUGCAGGUGAAGACCCUUAUGGAAGUACUACUACCACUACCACUACUUCCAACAACACUCCAUCAUCAUUGACUUCAUCAUAUAGUUCACAAAGUCGACAAGAUGAUAUCAUCGUAGAAUCACCAACCCCCACCUUUUCCUCCUCCUCCUCAUCAACCUUUUCUACGUUAAAUCUCAACAACAAAUGUCAAUCCCAAUAUAUUAAUAGUAGAAAAAGAUGUUGUAAUACUACCACCAACAACAACAAUACCACUACUAAUAAUCAUAAAAAGAGUUACAUCUUUAAUAAUAGUAGUAAUAAUAGUAAUAGAAAUACUAGUAUCAAUUAUUUGUUAAAUGAAAUGAAUAAUAAUAGUCAUCAGGUUCAUUCAUUUUCAUCAACGUCGUCGUCGUCAACAGAGGGAAACAAUCAAGAUGCAUCAUUAAAUGAUAUAAAGUUAUUUCUUGAAUCUUGUUUGAAUAAAUAUUCAUCAAAUCAAGAUAAAGAAUUAAAAGAAAAACAAAACGAGUUGAAUCAAUCAAUACAAAAUUCACCAUCACUCGAUCACAUUGAAAAGACAUUGAGAAACCUUAUUCAAAAUGAUACGAGCUUUAUACAAUUAUUCCUUUCUGUCAGGGAUCAAUUUGACAAGACACAACAACAACAACCACCUACCGAACAAUUGAUCAAUUUUGACAGUGUACUACAACGAUUACUUAAAGAGUCAUUAAAAGAGAAUCAAUUGAUUGCUCUACCAAUUGACCCUCUUUUUACACAUCCAUCGGUCAUUCAACAAAUGCUUGACAAUGAACAAGUACAUCCCUACGAUAGAAGCAAUCCAAGAGAAAUAUUCAAUAGAAUAAGACCUGGUAGAUUGUGUUUGGUACUAUUCCAUCCACAAUUACCUCACUUACCUUUAAUGUCUCUUUAUAUUGCAUUGACAAAUGGAAUUGCUGACAAUAUGAACGUAGGUUUUGUGAAUAAUAUAAAUCAAAGUAAUAUCGAUCUUUUACAAGUUGACAGUGCCAUGUUUUAUUCAAUAUCAUCACUACAUAGAGGAUUAAAACAUGUAGAUCUUGGACAUAUAUUAAUUUCCAAAGCAACCGAAUAUCUCAUGAUCAAUCCUGGCAUUCAAAACUUUUGUACACUUUCUCCAAUUCCAAACUUUAAAAAUUAUUUAAAGAGAAAAGCACAAACCAAUCAAGACAUUAAACAAUUAUUAGAAACUGAUAUCAAUGAUAAUAAUAUAGAUCAAUUUAGAGAUGUCUUGGAAACACAUUGUCUAAAUUAUUUAAUUAAAGAAAAAAGAAAGAUUAAAACAUUGGAUCCAGUGUGUAAUUUCCAUCUAAAAAAUGGAGCAUCAAUCUAUAGAUUAAAUUGGAAGGGAGAUCUUUCAAAUCAAAGAAUGCGAGAAAGUUUUGGACUUAUGAUCAACUAUUUAUAUCUUCCUUUACACAAAACACAAUAUUCUUUAAACUAUAAAACCAGUGGUCAUGUUGAAACUCAAAAACCAUUCCAAUCACAAUUGCAUCAAUAUAAUAUUAAUAAUAUUAAUAAUAAUAGUGGUGAACAACAUUGA